GCAUAUGCGGCGGCUCUACAUCAUCAUCAUCAUAGAGACACAGACGCUCGGGAUCGGCUUGGAUUCCUUUUAAUGCAGCAUCAGUCGUGUGGUCGGAAUGGAGCUGGUGAAUAAUUGGCUAAAAUAAGAAAAAACCGCCACAGAGAUCAAGAUGGUGUCGUGGAUUAUCUCGCGGAUGGUGGUCCUCGCCUUUGGGACCCUCUAUCCAGCCUAUUCCUCAUAUAAAGCUGUGAAGACGAAAAACGUCAAGGAGUAUGUGAAAUGGAUGAUGUACUGGAUAGUGUUUGCACUUUUUACGACGGCAGAGACGAUCACAGAUAUGCUUCUCUCCUGGUUCCCAUUUUAUUUUGAGCUGAAAAUUGCCUUUGUCAUUUGGCUGUUGUCCCCUUACACAAAGGGCUCCAGCGUGCUGUACCGCAAGUUUGUGCACCCGACGCUCUCCAAUAAAGAGAAGGAAAUAGAUGAGUAUAUAACCCAAGCUAAAGACCGCAGCUAUGAUACCAUGAUGCGGUUCGGGAAAAGAGGCCUCAACAUCGCAGCCACUGCUGCAGUCACAGCUGCCACUAAGGGUCAGGGUGUGUUAUCAGAGAAACUGCGCAGUUUCAGUAUGCAGGAUCUGACCCUCAUUCAAAAUGAAGACGAGCUUCAGCUGGACGGCGCAGACGACAUGCACCCCGCCGCCACGCUGCCACGUGCUAAAACAGCCACACGUACAGUUCGAGUCACGCCCGUACCGGCUGAGAGCGAAUCACAACACAGCUCUCGCUCUGAUGACCUGUCAGAUAACAGGACUGAGCAUUCAGAUGAGGAUGUGGCAGAUAAAGCCCCCAAACGCACGCCAAGCGUCAGAGCUGCCAAGAAACCAGCAGCUGCAAAGACAGAGCAGACCACCAAGACAGUGAAGAAACAGCCAAAGAAGAAAAUUACAACCACGGCCAACAACAAUGCUGAAUCACAAUAGCGAUCCUCCUUACCAAUAUAACACCUACACAUGCUUUUCCAUACUAACCACCUGCUUCUUGCUUUUGUAGACACGAGGUACAUCACUUAAAGCUGUUUUCUAUCUAGGUUUAAUGUUCAUUUAGACCCCAGGAUUCAUGCGUUCUCGGUUUCACUGUUUCAAAAGCCCUAAUUCGUUUAUCUACUGUAAGCAUGCACACUUAUACGUGUGUAAAAGAGAAAGAUUGGGUCUUGUUCUGAUCUGUUCUGUUGGCCUUAAUAUACGUGGCCAUCUCUAUAAAGCAUGAAACCAAAAGCAGUGCCUGCGCAUAAUGCAUAAACACUCUCCCUCGGUUCUCAGUUAUAGAGGCCAGUUUCCUUUUUAUCAUGUAGGGCAUACAAAAUGAGAAACGGGAACAGAGAAUUAGGCUAUUAAAUAACAAGAAAUAGGCAGGUAAGCUACAAAAGGAGGAUACAAGGAUUACUCAGAGCUGCGAGCACAGCUUUGUCUUUAGUCUCGAUUGUGAUACAUCAGUAGCCUGUGACUUGUUUUGAAUAUUUAUGUCUGGAAAAGUCAGAUCGCAAGACUCUUGAAAGGCUUUUGAUGUUAAUCGUGCUUUUGUCAGCUAGAGCCGGUGGUACUCGACUUGAUGUCUGUGUUGCUUAAUAUGAAAAAAAUGUGUUUGAGGCUUGUAACGUGAUGUUAUGCUGUCAGAAAUAUAUGGUCAAUAAAUGGUACCCCUUUGGAAAUUUGCACUUAAACAUGUAUACAUAUCUAUACAUAAAUGGUAUAUAUUAGGACCUUUUUAAAGGGUACUGCCCUGGUGACCAUUUUUGAACAUUGUUUCUGGCAGUGUACCUCUGCACAUUUUGGAUGUUACAAAAGCUGUCACGUAAGUUGAAGAUCAGAUAUCAUCGGAGCUAAAGAUGAAACGGGAGUCACAUGUGGGAUUGUAAAGAUCUUGCUUUUUGAGUUAACAUCUCGUGAGCAGACCACUAUAUAUUUCAUAUCAGUUUGUUUUAAUGUACUGAAGCGCUAAGUUGCAGUUUAAGAAAUUGAGAGUUAGAUAUGAAAGGUGGUGACGUUUUUAUGACGUAAUGAUUUAAACUUAUCUUCAAGGUACAAUCCCUGAAAUUUUGAGCUGUGGUCCAUUUUUUUAAAGUUACCCUUAAGUGUUAUUUUUCUGUUUAUAAUGCAGUUUGGGAUAUAUUUUUAUUUCUUAAUUUUAAUAUCAGUAUUGACCCCUUUACAUUUUGCCCUUAAACCAGAUGUGGGCAGAUGUUUCCCAACACUGCUUGUUUAUGACAGAAAGAUUUGGGUUUUGGUACCGAUUGCGUAUCAAAGUAUUUUGAAUGCAAUACAGCUUAGUGCUGGUAGGGGUCGCUGUUGUACAAGAAAGGAGAACCGUGCUAUAAGUGUACAAAAUGUCUGCCUUAUAUAGACUAAGUUAUACAUAUUUAUUUCUUAAUGUUUACAUUUAAUUUGUCUCUUAUGUAGGAGAGGAUGUAUAUAGCAAGAUACAAUUUUGUUGUAAAAAGUGCUUUGUUUUGUGCAUAUUGGUGGAGUUUUAAUUUAUGAUAGUUUGUCUGUUCUCUCGCCUUUUGUGUUUUGGAGAGGUAUGAAGAUUUGGUCUUAAAGGAAAGAAAGAGAUCAAAACGCACACAUGUAGAUUUUACCUGGCAGAUAGUUUGUGUGUAAGCUCACUUUAGAAAUGACAUCCAGUAAGGCAGAUCUGUAGUGACAUUCAUCAUUAUCAGUGCUGAUUGUCAAGUACUUGACAUCUUCUGUGUCUUAUUCUCUUGAGUCAUUUCUUUUCAUUUAAAGGAAAAACUCUGUUUGUAGAUUUGUCUUUUAAUUAAAUUUGAUUGUGAUUGACAUUCACCAACCCACACAAAAUGACAAGUUUCACUCUUUCCUCUUGCCUUUGUUUGAUUCUGUAACAACCCCUUGUUUCUUACUUUCAUACAAUAAUCAAACAUGACAAUAAUUUGUGUGUUAAAUUCAAGACCCUGCACUGAGGGGUAGUACACAGGAUGAAUUAACAUAUACUUUUUUUUCUAGUUUGUUGGAAAUUGGUUUUAUUUCAUAUGCAGUUUUAAACCGAGAGAAUAGUCAACAUCAAUAUUGUUUGUGCCAAUACUCUUAAUAUAUUAAAAGAAUGAAAAAAGAGAUCGCUGCUAAGUGUGUACUAAAUUAUUAUUCAAUAAAAUGCAAUUACAACUUC